GUCACACAUCAUUCGCAUUCCCUUGCCCCUCCUUCCGGUUUAUUCAUCAUCAUAGGCAAGAUUCUUUCGUCAAGAGGGUAGAUUGAAGCGAGUCCGACAGCGGCAAUGGCGGCGGCGGUGCAGAACGAGGUGGUGGCGCGGCAGGGGCGCGAGGACGGCGUCGACGAGGAGCGGCCACUCCUGGCGAGGCCGCCGGCCGUCCGCGACGACCCAGCUGGCGACGGGCUGAGCCCGAUGCAGAGGGCAAUCAGCCAGACGUACCAGAGCACGGCGCACCUGGCGACGCUGCUGCCCACGGGCACCGUCAUGGCGUUCCAGCUGCUGUCCCCGAGCGUCACGGACCAGGGCCACUGCGUCCGCGCCAACCGCGCCAUGGCGGCCGCGCUCGUCGCGCUCUGCGCGCUCUCCUGCUUCGCUCUCAGCUUCACCGACAGCUUCCGGGACGCCAAGGGCGCCGUGCGCUACGGCUUUGCCACGCGCCGCGGGCUCUGGGUCAUCGACGGCGGCGCGCCGCUCGACCCGCAGGCCGCGGCAGCCUACAGGCUGCGCUUCCUCGACCUCGUGCACGCCGUCGUCACCGUCAUGGUCUUCGUGGCCGUCGCGCUCUUGGACCGCAACGUCGUGUCCUGCUUCUACCCCGUGCCGUCCGAGGACGCCGCGCAGGUGCUCACCGUGCUGCCCAUCGCCAUUGGGGUGGUCGGGAGCAUGCUCUUCGUCACCUUCCCCACCACACGCCACGGCAUCGGCUUCCCGCUCUCGCAGCAUUGAUUGAUUCAAGAGUGCUGCCCUUCCUACUAUUCGAUCCACGAUUAUUUCUUCUUCUCUCUUCUCUUGUGGAGUAUAAAGAAAAGAAAAUGCUACUCUCUCGGCCGUGCGCCAACCGCGACGAGGGAGUACAAAGUGACAGGCCGUAAAGAGUAAAUAUACCAUGCUUUUUAAA